AUGGGGUUAUCUUCCAUCAAUAUGUCCUGGGUUCUUCUCCUUUUCUUCUCCAUCUUCACCUCACCUGCAAUGUUCAUCACCCCAUCCUUUUCUUCUCCCAAUAUCACACUCAUUGGCGACGCCAGUUUCUCUAACACCUCCAUCGCUCUCACCCAUGCCCAAAACUGCACCGCCGCCGCCGCCGCCGCCUCUCUUUCUGGGAUUGGCAGAGCUUUGUAUGUAAACCCAGUUCGAUUUCUUGAACCCGCAACUAAAUCCGCUCUUUCUUUUAUUUCCAGUUUCUCCUUCACCAUCACCCUCACCACCCCUUCUUGCUCCUUCGGUGAUGGCUUUGCGUUUUUGAUCACCUCCGAUGCUACCUCCUUCAGCCGCUCUGAUGGGUUCAUGGGCCUUCCAGAACAUUCUUUCUUGGCUGUGGAAUUCGAUACUAAUUUUGACCCGUUUCUUGAGGACCUGAAUGAUAAUCACAUUGGGAUUGAUCUCAAUGGCGUUAAGCCUUUGGCAUCUGUUGACGUGAUUCCAAGAGGGGUGGAUCUGAAGAGCGGGAGAGAAAUGACAGCUUGGAUUCAAUACAUAGAUCAAGACAGGACGAUAAGGAUUUGGGUUGGGCAUAAUUCUGAGAUUAGGCCUCCUGAUCCGAUUCUGGAAUCCCAGAUUGACCUUUCCACUUACUUGGAAGAAUUCAUGCAUAUUGGCUUCACUGCUGCUAAUCGGAAAGGCUCAGCUGUUUAUUCCAUUGAUCAUUGGAAGUUCAAGACUUCUGAAUUCCUUUCUUCCACCAAUACAAUGGACGAAGCGGAUUGCUUGAUGUGCAUUUCUGGUGACAAUAACGACACUGGGAGAAAUAAUGCUACUUCUGCAGGUUCACUCAAAAGAUCCCUCAACCUCCUACUUCCUUAUGGUGGUUUAUCCGCUGCAGCUGUAUUUUUGGUGAUCGCAAUUAUAGUGCUUGUUUGGGUUUGCCUAACAAGGAAAGGGCCUAACAGAGAACAGAAGGAAGCUGAAAUCUGUAGAUUCCAGGGAAACAGAGUGCCCCAAAGAUGGUCACUCAACGAGAUAAGAUCAGCCACGGAAGGGUUCAAUCAGGAGAGAAUAGUUGGGGAAGGAGCAUCAGCUGUUGUGUAUGAAGGAUCAAUGGCGUCUCGGGGCGGGGGCGUGGUUGCAGUGAAGAGAUUCACCCAGGGGAGCAAAAUGGGCACUUCUCAUCAUCAUAUCCCAUUCAGCACCGAGUUUGCUUCAAUGGUGGGAUGCUUAAGACACAAGAACUUGAUUCAGCUCCAAGGAUGGUGCUGUGAGAGGAACGAGCUGGUUUUAGUGUACGAGUUUAUGCCUAAUGGAAGCCUGGACAAACUUCUCCACUCACACGCGGGUUUCAACAAGUUCCUCACAUGGGAGAGAAGGCUGAACAUAGUUCAUGGAGUUGCUUCGGCUCUGGUUUAUCUACACGAAGAAUGCGAAACCCAGAUUAUCCACAGGGACGUGAAGGCGUGUAAUAUAAUGCUGGAUGGCGAUUUCAAUGCCAAGCUUGGAGACUUUGGGUUAGCGGAAGUUUUUGACAAUUCUAAGACACGGGACAGCACUGUCCCCGCAGGGACAAUGGGGUACCUGGCUCCUGAGUACGCGUUUUCCGGCGUCCCCACCGUGAAAACAGACGUGUACAGCUUCGGGGUGGUGGUGCUGGAGGUGGCGUCGGGGAGACGGCCGGUGGACGAGCACGGCGUGUCCAUCACGGAUUGGAUUUGGGAUUUGUGGGAGAAAGGACGGAUCACAGAGGCGGCGGAUCAGAGACUUUCGGGGCGGUUUAACAGGGAGGAGAUGGAUAGAGUGGUGAUGGUAGGGGUGUGUUGUGUCCAUCCUGAUCAUGAGAGGAGGCCGAGAAUGAGGGAAGCUGCGAGGAUGCUGAAAGGUGAAGCUCCACUUCCCGUUCUGCCGCCCAGGAAACCAGCCAUCAGGAUUCAAUCUGUGUUCCCACAAGGGUUUGAUCAAAUCAUCAACCCUAAUGCUGCUUCGCGAUACGAUAACGAUACUCCAUGGUCAACUCCCAGGACUCAUUUCAGCCGGAUCUAGCUAGCUUCAAUUCCUAAGAUCUCAUCUGUUACUUCUAUCUUGUUUACUUUUUCAGUUUUAAUUUUGUUGUUCAUUCAUACAUUUCAAGCAGAAUCAUAUUUCAUAAGCUGUACAAGUGAACAGUGCUCUAAAUGAUCUCUGAAUUCUGAAUUGCCAACAAGAAGAAGAUCGAGAUUCGAGAGUGGUCAAUAAU